AUGACGAUGAUAUCACCCGCUGAGAAGCCGAAAAUCCUACUUUUGGGAGAGAUCGAUCAUGCUCAUGACACAUGGCAACGCCUUUCCAAUAUCGGAGAGCUUGUAACUCCCCAAGCCACCAAUCGAGCUGAGUUCCUCCAAGAAUGUCGUGAUGGUAAACUUGAUGGAGUGAGGGUGGCGUAUCGAACGUUCUCGUCUGUUUCAAUCACCGGUUUGAUUGAUCAGGAGGUGGUGGAUGCAUUGCCAAAGUCUAUGGAAUUCCUCGCCCACUGCGGCUCUGGGUAUGAUCAAGUAGAUGUCGCGGCCUGCAGUGCUCGGUCACCACCAUUGCGAGUGUCCAAUGUGCCUACCGCCGUAGACGAAUCCACGGCUGAUGUGGCCCUGUUCUUAAUCAUCGGAGCACUUCGCAAUUUCAAUGCCGGUAUGCAGAACCCGCGAGCCGGUAAAUGGAAAGGUUACCCCGAACCAAUUGCCCUUGGCCACGAUCCUCAGGGGAAAAUACUCGGUAUUCUAGGCAUGGGAGGCAUUGGACGCAAUCUCAAGAAGAAAGCCGAGGCAUUUGGGAUGACCGUGAUUUACCAUAAUCGAAAAAAACUCAGUGAAGAAUUGGCCGGUGGAGCACAAUAUGUGUCCUUCGAUGAACUUCUAGCUCAGAGCGACGUUAUUAGCUUGAACUUGCCUCUAAAUAAAAACACAAGACACAUUAUUAGCCAUGCAGAAUUUGCCAAGAUGAAGACAGGCGUCAUCAUUGUGAACACCGCUCGCGGCCCGGUUUUGGACGAAGAAGCUCUUGUUAUGGCACUCGAUAGCGGAAAGGUUACUUCCGCGGGGCUCGAUGUUUUUGAAAAUGAGCCGAAAGUCCACCCAGGCUUGAUUCAAAAUCCAAAUGUGAUUCUCAUUCCGCAUAUGGGCACCUGGAGCAUUGAAACUCAAACCGGGAUGGAGGAAUGGGCAAUUAGCAAUGUUAGACAGGCCGUUGAGACUGGGAAAUUAAAGUCUCCCGUACCUGAACAGGCAGAGCUAUAA